UGAAGUGCAUGUAAGCCAAAGUAUCAACAAAACCCCAUCCUAUCUCAUUCUCGUUCGAACUGAGCAAUAAAAUUGUGUGACAAAAACUUCGCCAUCAAUGGCGUGAAGCAUUAUCAACUAUAACCUUGCGUACCGGAAACAUUUAUUUUCGAAUGGGCAAAAUCUUCACUCAACAAUUAUCCAACAAAAGAAUACCACACUGAUCAUAUAUAGAUAUAGAGAGAGAAAAGAGAGAGUGAGAGAAGAGGUAAUUGUAGUAAAUAUAUGAGGAAACGAGUGAAAAGCAAAGCUGGGAAAGCACGGAGAUCAGUUGUUGGAAGGAAUUUUCGAUUGCAUCCAUGAAAUCACUGUGGCGCUUACUUUCUCUAGGAUGAGCGAAUCUGCUUAUCGAGUUGAAACGACGUCGCGACUCGCCCAAUGGCGGAUCGAAAAUUUAGCUUCGUGUACUUACAGAAAAUCAGACCCUUUCAAGAUCGGCAAAUGGAAUUGGCAUUUAUCUGUGGAGAAGAGUCGGACUUUGUCCAUUAAAUUGUACCCGGAGGUAUCAAACAUAACUAGAGAAAAUCCUCCAAUUGCAUCUUUUAUAAUUAGAGUGGUGUCCUCAGUGGGAGAUCGCAAGUGUUUGGUUCAUCCAGAAGUUACUGAUAAGCAGCUUAAAAACAACGACGAUUUUGUUUGGGCAAUUGAGGUUCCAUUAACGGGGAAAUUCAUCAUCGACGUUGAAUUUCUUGAUUUAAAGACUUCAUCACCUAAUGGUGCAGAACCUUGUUCGAUUUGGAGUGAAGGGUUUACACAAAGACGGCCGACUGAAACAGCGCUAUCAUCCCUUGGUCGAAUGUUGUCUGAAAGCAUUCACACGGAUAUUGUAAUAAACGCAUCUGAUGGAAGCAUUCCAGCACAUCGUGCAGUUCUUGCUUCCAGGUCUCCUGUAUUCCGAAGCAUGUUCUCACACGACCUAAAAGAGAAAGAAAUGUCUGCCGUAAACAUUUCUGACAUGUCAGUUGAAGCCUGCCAGGCCUUUCUCAGUUACCUGUACGGUAACAUAGAAAACGAACAAUUCUUAACCCAUAGACUGCCCCUUCUUCGAGCAGCAGACAAAUAUGACAUCUCAGAUUUGAAAGAAGCAUGCCAUGAGAGUCUACUGGAAGACAUUGACACCAGGAAUGUGCUGGAGAGGCUGCAAAAUGCUUCUCUGUAUCAACUGCCCAAACUGAAGACCAGCUGUAUGCGGUAUCUUGUGAAAUUCGGUAAGAUCUAUGAUAUACGAGAUGAUUUCAAUGCAUUUAUUCAAUUUGCAGACAGAGAAUUGAUUGCCGAAAUCUUUAAUGAUGUUCUCGCGGUCUGGAAAGGGUUCUGAGUCCUGCCUAAAGGGAAACGGAAACAGCAUAUCAGACAAUAGGUCAUACCUACUAGUGUGCACCAUUCCUUGUUCGUAAACAUACAUUCUUUCGUUUGAAUGCCAAUUGUUUGUUUGCAUGUAAAGACAUGGAUCUCAAUGUAAUAGGUCCAUGCUAUCUAGGACCGUUAUGUAUAAUUGCACGAAUUAUACAUGGACCAAAAUGAUGUGAAUAUGAUUGAUAUAAUGAAAUUCUAAUUAUUAUUUUUCAUGCCCA